AUGGAAGUAAUUACGUAUAUUCUGUUGCGAUUCUAUAUUCUAUCUGAUAGUCCUAACUGUCACAUACCAUGUUUCAGUGAAAAUGAAUACAUAUACGCUACAAUCGGUCAGCAACCUAGCUCAAAGCAUUCUAUGCCACAAAGUCAGCAAAUAUGCGCUGUAUGUGGGGACAAUGCUGCCUGCCAACACUACGGAGUUAGAACUUGCGAAGGCUGCAAAGGUUUCUUCAAGCGCACAGUGCAGAAGAACGCUAAAUACAUAUGCCUUGGCAAUCGCGACUGCAUCAUCGACAAGAGGCGUCGAAACCGCUGCCAGUACUGCCGCUUUCAGAAGUGCUUAAUGGUCGGUAUGGUAAAAGAAGGUAAGCGCGCAUCAGCACGACGGCAUCGAAAGCAGUCAUUUAACCCCGUUACAGUGGUUCGUAUGGAUAGCCUGAAGGGCAGACGAGGUCGAUUGCCGUUACGGUCGAAGAUUGGCGGCAGCGGAGGCGAGGUCAACCGGACGAGCUCCUCAACCUCACUGACCAUCGUUUUGACCAAGGCAUAUACAAGCAGCGUCUGCGACAAUCUUAAACUGGUGUCAAACGCAGCCGCGUUUGGCGACCAACACUUUAUGAACAGCCUUAACAAUAGUCUGGUGGCCGUCGAUGCCUGGGCGGAUCGCAUUCCUGGCUGGAACGAGUUUUCGGCCAUCGAUCGUAAGAAUCUCCUGAAAGCCGCACGGUUGCAUGUCGCAUCUCUGAGGAUAGCUUUCAGGUAG